AGACAGCCUGGCAACAGCAACCGAUUUGACGAGCCAACCGUAGCUCAAUGCAGUUAGCUAGCUGACGCUUAAAUCUGUGUAAUUCACACAGUUCACCAUUUGAGAAGAGGUAAAGAGUACGUUUAAGUCGUGAGACACCGAGAAGCUAUGUUGUUUGUUUGCGUAAGAAGCUUGUUAAUGAGCUAAUGUGGUUUGCUAACCUAGCCGAAUCAUGUUAGCUAGCUAACUGCAUAGCAACCGGAACUGAGGCAUGAAGCUAGCCAUUGAAUAAGCGCUCGGUACAGUAAAGUUAGUCAGGUUGUUAACAUCUCCUUGGGGCUGAGCAGCUCUGUAGCUCUUGCUGUUGGCUGCUGUGGAGAUCUUUGAGCAGUUCCGAUUCACGUGAGGAUGAGUUAACGUUAACGUUAGCUUCAGAAGGGUGGAGAAAGUUAGAAAGGCUCGGGGUCAGGACCGGACCGAUACAACGAAUGUCAAGUUUACUUUGGUCCUGACAAAAGAGUGAACGAAUUGUUGCAAAGUGCAUCUGAAGGUACAAGUUAGGGGUGUAAAAUGAAAGUUAUGGAGAAAAACGUGAUGCGCCUUGUUGCUGUGCAACACUUGCGCUCAGCUUAUGGGAUAAAGACAAAGAACUGGAACAAAAGCAAAGCAGCCAGCUGUAACGUUAAGGCAACAGCCAGCGGCUCGACAAAGGUUUUCGGGGUAUCUCUGGAGAACUUACCGUACUACAAUAUGGAAUGUGGGAGAGUGCCAAGCUUUCUGGUUGACGCAUGUCAGAAACUCAUGGCACAUGUCGACACAGAGGGCCUGUUCAGAAAAUCAGGCUCUGUCGUUCGCCUGAAAGCACUGCGGGCAAAAUUAGAUGUGGGCGAGGAGUGCCUGUUUACUGCACUUCCCUGUGAUGUGGCCGGUCUGGUGAAGCAGUUCUUCAGGGAGCUGCCAGAGCCCGUGCUACCCACAGAGCUGCAGGAGGCCUUCCUCAAGGCCCAGCAGCUCCCCACCAUGGAAGACAGGACCUCGGCCACCAUGCUCCUGUCAUGUGUACUACCUGACAGAAACCAAACUGUCCUGCGUCACUUUUUUGACUUCCUCCACAAUGUGUCUAAGAGGAGUGCAGAGAAUAAGAUGGAUAGCAGUAACUUGUCUGUAAUCUUGGCUCCCAAUCUCCUUCACUUUGGAGACGGUACAGAGAAGAUGAACGCCAACACGGAGAAACGGCUCAAGCUACAGGCAGCCAUAAUACACUGCUUCAUAGAGAAUGCCCACAACUUUGGUGUGUUACCUCAGUUUCUUUUAGAGAAAGUUCCAGCCAUGAUUGGCUGUGAGGCGGGCGGUCUGUCGCCUUCUCACCAUGAACUUGAGGAGCUGGACUCAGGGAUGAAGAAGAGACACAGACGAAGCUUUGGAGAUAUGGUCAAUGGUGCUCUGAGUAAGAUAAAAACUAAUAGAACACCAACAAAUGCCACCCAGUCAGACAGUCUUGUUUUUUCUUCUGCAACUCCUGUGAUUGCAACACCAUCUUCAAAGCGAAAACUUCCUUUGGAGUCUGGUCACUCCUUUGGAUUCUCAAACAAAAAACGUAGAUCUAUCAAAAAGAACCUUGGGAUAGAAUUACUUCCCAGUACUCUGUUCAGCGGGACGUCCACGCCUGGAUCAGCUAACAGUGCCUCUGGAGUUUUGGACUCUUCCCAAAAUACCCAGUCAUCAGCAGGGAGGUCUAGAAGGCACUCAACUACCUCUAUGAGGAGGAAGAGCCGACGACUUAGCAACAGGCAUGCUGUCAACAGAGUUGAAUCUGGGAGUGCCGGCUGCUUUUCUCCUAAAGCCAGCAAGAAAGAAGCACCACACAAAUAUCUGCGAUUGCGUUUUAGCAUGGGGAAGAGCAGCAAAGAUGCUGGGUCUGAGUCCAUUGGCUGGCGACUUGCCACUCAGGAGAGCACCACCAGGUUUUGUUUUACCGAAGAGACAGAGUUCACUCCAUCUGCUGUGCCUAGAAAGGCUGAAUCCAAAAGCUCCAAGUACAUCAGUAAGUCUGAGGACAACUUGCUGACCCCGCAAUAUGACUCAAGUGUCCACCAGAUCUCAUGGAGCGGGGAGACUCCUGUAGGAGCCCAGGCUUUCAGCAGAGGAUCUUUCACAGACACCCCCAUGAACAUGUGCCUAAAGACCAACUACAUGUCUGAGCCAGCCAUUGUCAUAUCAAAACCCCCAGCAGUGGCCAGCCUUCCCAAGAAGCUGUGUUGUGCUUCCAGUGCUGAGAGCCUGGAGAGUGAGUGCUCCAUCCUUAAAGCCCCGAACCGAGCCGGUCCCACCCUGCUGAAAAUAAAGACUGCAUUCGCUGAGUCGGACAGUGACCUCCAAGCUGUCAUACAGGACCCCUGCAACUCUACAGGAACAUGCGCAACAAACCCGUCAGACAACAUCCUAGUCCUGCCACCGCAGACUCCUACAGGCAGAGUUCUGUCUGUGGACACAGAGGCCUCCAGCUUUCCAGCUCCAGAGAGCCUUCUGGCUAAUGAUCACAACAUUACCUUUGGCCACAGUGAAAUUGACACUUUAUCACCGUUGCAUAUUGACAGUGUAGUUUCCGAGUCUGAUGUAUACUGUAGUCCAGCAUUAAAGGUGGACAAAGACUCCUUCUGUGAUGCUCCCAUCAGUAGCCACAACAGCUUCGUGGUGGUAGAGAGUGAAAGGGAGGAAGAGCAGGUGAACUGCAGCAGGCUGAUCGAUGCUCUGGACAUCCACAGUCCGGCUCCCUUUAAACUGGGUGUCUCCCCUGGGCUGCAGUCCACUCCCUACAAGCUGGACUUUGAACUCAGAGGUGAGCUUGGUACACCUCCAGGUACUAUAGUCAGUGCGGUACAGGAAAAAAACAGAUGUUCCGAAGUCGAGAAACAACAACCCCUCUCGCCACGCAGUCUGGAGACUGAGAAGCGCCGGGUGGCAGACCACAUUCAUCACUUCAACAAGCUCACACUGCGGUCUCCCAGAGGCUCCAUGGCCAAACAAACCAGAUCGCCACUCAAGUUCCAGCGUACCCCUGUGCGUCAAACUAUCCGCAGGAUGAACACUCUGCUGGGGGAGAGCAGGAGACCCACCAGACAUGCAGAACUCAGCCAGGGUGGUCCACUGGGGAAGGCCGUAAGCCUGGAGAGUGGCCUGUCCCCUCACUCACAGCUUCAGCCUUACCAGGGGGAGGCACAAAUGGGACUGUCCAACAGCAUUUGUCCCAUAAAGAAAGCACCUCCAGUCCCGCCCAAAAGGCCAAGCACCUUGGCCCGUAAACCCAAGGCCUGUGCUCUGGACGACAUGACCAACAAGGUCCAACCAAAGACAAAAGUGGACUGUUCUGUGCCUGAUCCAUCAGGAGCUCAGAAGCCUCUUGUGCAGCAGGUAGUAGGGAAGGACAUGAACCAUUACAGAGGUUCACCCAGAAACCCUCUCAACCAAGGACGACUGAUGUCCGCCACCAGGCCUGUAGACUUAUAGUUUGAAAUCUUUUUGCCUUUUAUGUUCCCUCCGUCCUAUGCAGGUCUCUGUCUGGUAGGGCUAUGUGACGUCAAACAUACCGUCUUAUGUUAUGCGUAUAUUCAGGGGUUUUAAUUUAUUUUUAGCUACUGUAGGUGCUGUUUGUGUUGUGUUAGGGCCUUAAUGGGAGGUGUUCAUAUGCUUUAAGUUUGUUUUACUCUAGUAAAACAACUUUAGAAGUAUCGACACAACAGCCUACAUGAUCGCAUGUUGCGUAGUUUUUAGACAUUAGAGUGUAAACCAAAUUAUGUGAAUUGUGAUUGAUGGUAUGACUGGAAAUGUUUAGAUCAAGUCUUAUGCUUUUAUUUAUGCAUAUUAUAUCUAAUCUGUAGUUAGAUGGGGUUUUUUUGUAAUAUAAAAAACAGUUUCAGCUGUUUCUUUAUUAGAGAAUAUUUUCUUACUGUCUUGUCAUGAACAGGAAAAAAAGAGAAAAUGCACCUUUUUGUUUAUCCUAUGAAAGAAGAAAAAAAGCCAAGCAGUAUUGAUCUCUUAUUUGUCUAUUGCAGUCCAUUCAUUUCAAAACCAACAGCCAGUAAAAUGCUUUGCCAUGUGAACUGCUUCAGACGAAUAAAAUCAGCAUACAUCUUU